AAUCAUAAUCAAGGCAAAAGCUUUCUUUUCCUUUUUCUCCCUUUCGCUCAUCGCAAGAUCUCAGUAGUAAAAAAUGUGUGGUAUUUGCGCCAUCAUACUAGCCGACCCCAAUGCAGCUGCUUGCCCCGAUUUGUUCGAAAGUUUAGGUUUGCUGCAACACCGUGGACAGCUGGUAUCGUUACUUGCGCAGCUAAAGGUCGAUUAUACCAAUGCAAAGGCAAUGGCAUGGUUAGGGACGUAUUCAAUGAACAGCAAUUAUCCAAUUUAAUUGGUAGCCUUGGUAUUGGACAUGUUCGUUACCCCACAGCAGGCUCGUCUUCAAUGUCCGAAGCUCAGCCUUUCUAUGUCAAUUCACCUUAUGGCAUUACUUUUGCACAUAAUGGCAAUUUAACAAAUGCGAGAGAACUAAGGGAUUUCCUUGAUAAGGUUGCUCACAGACAUAUAAACACCGAUUCUGAUUCCGAAUUGCUGCUUAACAUUUUAGCUGACAAUUUACAAAAAACAGGCAAAUUCAGAGUCAAUGAAGAGGAUAUCUUCACUGCAAUCAAAGAUCUCUAUGGGCAAUGCAAGGGUGGCUAUGCUUGUGUAGCCAUGAUUGCAGGUUUUGGUAUCAUUGGCUUCAGAGAUCCACACGGGAUCAGGCCUUUGAUUUUAGGUCGUCGUUUAGCCAAUACUGGUGGUUACGAUUAUAUGUUUGCCUCCGAGAGUGUCGUUUUAGAAGCUCUUGGUUUUAGUAAAUUCGAAGACGUUAAGCCUGGAGAGGCCAUCAUAAUCACUCGAGAUAAUGUGUCUCGCCGGCGCUUGGUUGUGGAGCAAUACACUGCACCUUGCAUCUUUGAAUAUGUUUACUUUGCUCGUCAAGAUAGUAUCAUUGACGGUAUCUCUGUUUAUAAAGCUCGUCUUGCCAUGGGUGAGGCUUUAGCAGAUAAAGUACAUCGAGUUUUGGGAGAUAAUUUAGAUAUUGAUGUGGUGAUACCUGUUCCAGAUACAAGUCGUGCAGCUGCUCUUCAGUGUUCUCGUAAACUAAACAUAGUUUAUCGGGAAGGUUUCAAUAAAAACAGAUACGUUGGUAGAACCUUUAUUAUGCCAGGUCAGCAACUCAGACGGAAAAAUGUUCGUCGUAAACUGAAUGCUAUGGCUUUAGAAUUCCAUGGAAAGAAUGUUUUAUUGGUGGAUGAUUCUAUUGUUAGAGGUACCACUUCGAAAGAAAUUGUCGCUAUGGCACGCGAAGCAGGAGCAAAGAAAGUGUAUUUCGCAUCUUGCGCUCCGCCUAUUCGAUAUCCUAAUGUUUAUGGUAUUGACAUGCCAACACGCCAAGAACUCGUAGCGUACGAUCGAAAUGAAGAUCAAAUUGCCGAAGAAAUAGGUGCAGAUAAGGUUAUUUACGAGGAUUUGGAUGAUCUUGUGGAAUCAGUGAGGAAAUUCAAUCCCUCUAUUGAGGCUUUUGAUACCUCUGUGUUCGACGGCAAAUAUAUCACCGGUGACGUUGAUGAGAAUUACUUCAAUUACAUUGAAACGGAACGUGCUGGUGUUCAUGAUCCUUGUACAGAUAAUGAAAGCAUUGGCUUACAUAACAGCUUUAGAAAGUAAUUAAUUUUAUACAUACGUUAACAAUACCUGUCCACAUUAAAACUUCCACGACUCCUUUAUAUAAUCAAAACUUUAUCGUUAAAAAGGUUCCAUAGCAA